AUGUGUUCGACGAGUUUUGUUGAAAUACACGACUCGGUAGAAGUGUUUGAGCAACUUCUACCGGCUGCACAUCCGUGUUUAAAAGAGAUGAUUAGUUGGACAGACAUCGAAACAUCAACUAAUGCUCAUAUUUUAUUAUUGUCUCUAGAACAAUGUAAAUUUAAUGUUGGUUCUAUUGUAUUAAAAAAUAUAUUUCAUAAUUUCAGUACACAGUCUUUUUAUGCAUACCUAUUUCUACAAAAACCUAAUAUAGAUCUUAUUCAAGCUCUCGAGUACGUUGAUAAUGUUGUACGUCAAAUACAUACAGUUAGGAAUAAUGCUGACGAAGAAUUUUCAAAGUGUUUUGAUGAACUUCAAAGAAAAUGA